AUGCUGCUGGGAUGCCUUUGCGAAGUCAUUGGUUACACCGGUCGUGUCAUUAUGUGGAACAACCCUUUCUCUUACCCGGGCUUUAUGACCCAAGUCAUCUGUCUUACUAUCGCCCCCGUCUUCUUCACUGCCUCCAUCUACGUUACGCUUUCAAAGACUAUUGUCAACCUCGCCCCUGAUUUGUCACGGUUUAAACCUCAGCUUUUCUACUGGAUCUUUAUUCCUUUUGAUGCUACAUGCUUGCUCCUCCAGGCUGCUGGUGGUGCCAUGUCUACCAAUUCGACUGGCAGUAAUCAGGUUAGCAACAACGCCUUGAGGACAUGUAUUAAAUGA